GAUAUGCACGGGACAUUCAUGGUGUUGCUUCCUCUCAGCAUGAUCAUCAUGGUUGUCGGAGGACUGAUGGGUUUCAUCGGCCUGCUGGCCAGAGCUUACCUACUACUGCUGAUGACUGGUGUACUGUUACUACUGGGAGCUCUGUCCUCACUAACAGGGGUGAGUGUGUACAUGGCCUACUCUGCUGCAGUCUUCCAGGAGGCUCUGUGUCUGGCUGAGCAGAUGGGGGUCAAUAUGGAGGGGGUCCAGAUCCUGUUUGGCUGGUCUCUGGUCCUGUCCUGGAUCUCUAGUGGAACACAGCUAUUCACCUCCGCUGGCUUCCUGCUGGCCUGCAGAACCAUCACUACACAGAGACAGGAACUGAAAUUAUGAGACAUGGAGGGAGGGGGAGAGGGAGGAGGAGAGAGAGGGAGGAGGCUUCCUGCUGGCCUGCAGAACCAUCACUACACAGAGACAGGAACUGAAAUUAUGAGACAUGGAGGGAGGGGAAAGGGAGGAGGAGAGAGAGGGAGGAGGAGAGAGAGGGAGGAGGCUUCCUGCUGGCCUGCAGAACCAUCACUACACAGAGACAGGACCUGAAAUUAUGAGACAUGGAGGGAGGGGGAGAGGGAGGAGGAGAGAGAGGGAGGAGGAGAGAGAGGGAGGGAGGAG